AUGGCCACCUUGCUCCGACGGCCAGGCAAUCUUGCUCGAUACUCGAGGAGAGCCACAGAAUGUAUUGGCCGCACAGCACCGACACCGGUGCGUCCACAGCCAUCGAGAAUCUCAUCCCUUUUCGCUUCGCAUCGCCUCAGAACCUAUGCCACCCACGGUCCCGGCGACCCGAAACCCCCGAACAACAAUCACAAGCCCCAACCCGGCGGGAAUGGCAAUGGCAACGACUCUGGCAAGGGCGGGCCCAAUAAGGAAGAACCCAAGGAGCCCGAAUCUGUCCUGACCGAGACGGAGCAGAAGCAGCUGGAUGCGUUCAUCAAACACUUGGAGGAGACCCUGCCGCCGACCUCGCACCCGAGUCUCCAUGAAUUGCGGCGGUCAAUGAUGAGGGACGGACUCCCGCCCGAAGUCAAGCCCUUUGUCGAGAGAAAUGGCAACAUAUCUUUGAUGGACUACCUCCGCAUGGCGCGGUUUAUGUUGAAGUACACCAACAUGCAAGCCAACAAAGAAGCCGAGAAUGACCUGGCUCGCUUCAUGAAGAAAUCCAGGGAGGAGUCGAAAGUGGAGCAAGAUCAAGAACAGAAGAAACAACGUGGGGAAGAAGAACAAAAUCGACCGAAAGACAAGAACCAGAAGCAGAAGCAAAAGCCUCCGUCGCCCGGCCCCCGCGUCCUUGAGUUCCGAUUCGACCCCGGCUCAUUCCUGGUCACCGCUGGCAGGGAAAUAACCUGGCAGGAGUUCCGGGCGAAUUACCUCGACAAGGGCCUCGUGGAGAAGUUGACUGUCUCCAACCGCACCCGUGUCCGUGUCGACAUUAAUCGCGAGGAAGCCGCCCAGACCGACUCGAUGGGACAGCCCAUCUCUUACGUAUAUUUCAACAUUGGAUCUGUCAAGGUUUUCGAGAGCAAGCUCGAGCAAGCCCAAGACGAAUUGGAAAUUCCGACGGCGGAACGGAUCCCGGUUACCUACACCGACGAAGUGCCCUGGGGAAGUGCGAUCAUGUCCUUUGCCCCCACGCUGAUCUUGAUGGCCGGUGCCUUCUGGCUCACGCGACGUGCCGGUGGCGGGGGAGGUGGCCAGAGCGGUAUUUUUGGCAUCGGCAAGAGUCGUGCCAAGCGCUUUAACCAUGAGACCGAUAUCAAGACCAAGUUCUCUGACGUCGCAGGCAUGGAUGAGGCCAAGGUAGAGAUUAUGGAAUUCGUCAGCUUCCUCCAGCAGCCCGAACGGUUCCAGAAGCUCGGUGCAAAAAUCCCGCGCGGUGCCAUUCUCUCCGGUCCCCCCGGCACUGGUAAGACGCUACUCGCCAAGGCCACUGCCGGUGAAUCUGGUGUGCCUUUCUUCAGUGUCAGCGGUUCCGAGUUCGUAGAGAUGUUCGUCGGUGUCGGCCCCUCCCGUGUCCGUGAUCUGUUCAGCAACGCCCGGAAGAAUACCCCCUGUAUUAUCUUCAUUGACGAAAUCGAUGCCAUUGGCAAGUCCCGAGCAAAGCAGGGCUUCGGUGGUGGAAAUGAUGAGCGCGAAAGUACUCUCAACCAAAUCCUUACCGAGAUGGACGGUUUCAACACGUCGGAACAAGUGGUCGUUCUGGCCGGUACCAACCGAGCAGAUGUGCUCGACAAGGCCCUCAUGCGUCCCGGGCGAUUCGACCGGCAUAUCGCCAUCGACCGGCCCACUAUGGACGGUCGCAAGCAGAUCUUCCGCGUUCACUUGAAGAAGAUUGUCACCGACGAGGACCUGGAGUACCUGGAAGGCCGACUUGCUGCCCUGACCCCUGGUUUUGCUGGUGCAGACAUUGCGAAUUGUGUGAACGAGGCGGCACUUGUUGCUGCUCGUGACAAUGCGGACAAGGUUGUCAUGAGGCACUUCGAGCAGGCCAUUGAGCGUGUGAUUGGCGGUCUGGAGAAGAAGUCCCUUGUGCUGUCCCCCGAAGAGAAGCGAACCGUCGCCUACCACGAGGCUGGCCAUGCUAUCUGUGGCUGGUACUUCCGGUGGGCGGAUCCGUUGCUUAAGGUCUCGAUCAUCCCGCGUGGACAGGGUGCGCUGGGCUAUGCUCAAUACCUGCCCGCCGGCGGCGACACGUACCUCAUGAACGUCAACCAGCUGAUGGACCGCAUGGCAAUGACACUGGGUGGUCGGGUCAGCGAGGAGCUGCACUUCGACACGGUGACCAGCGGAGCUAGCGAUGACUUUAACAAGGUCACGCGCAUGGCCACCGCCAUGGUGACCAAGUUCGGUAUGUCGCCCAAGCUGGGAUACAUCUACUACGAGGAGGACUCGCAGCAGCAGCUCCACAAGCCCUUCUCCGAGGACACUGCCCGCGACAUCGACGUCGAGGUGCGCCGCAUUGUCCAAGAAGCCAAUAAGCAGUGCCGCGACCUCCUGACCGAGAAGCGGAAGGAAAUCGGCGUCGUCGCCGAAGAGCUCCUGUCCAAGGAGGUUCUCGGCCGUGACGACCUGGUUCGUCUGCUCGGCCCCCGCCCUUGGCCUGAGUCUGGCGAGUUCGCCAAGUACUUCGACGGCAGGGCCGGUCAGACUGUCGCUCCUCCCGAGCCUCAGCAGAACUCUGAGGAGACCUCCGGCAAGGAUGGACGUGAUGAGACACCGUUCCCGUCAUAA